ACGGGGUGCCAACUGGACUCUAAUUACUUCCAUCUGGUGCAGUUCCAGACGUCUCCUGAGAAGGAAGGAGUGCAGCUCUUGGCACCAAUUGGCUAAUUCAAUUUACUUCAACGGCAUUAACCUCUGUCAGAAUAUUCAUGAGCAGGAGAAUGAGAAGCGGUGGCACAAGCAGACAGAAUCCACUUAGAGAGAAAGAGCAUGUGAGCGAGCAAGGUUACUGCACUGAACUAUCGUAGAAUAUCGAUCUGCAAGCUCCACAGCUCCUGUCACUGAACACUUAGAGCACACAUACGUAUUCACAUCGAGGAUUGUAAAGGAGUCUGGAUGGCAGCUCGGCAAGGCUGAACACAUCUGGCUGAGCCUACGAGCUGUAGAAUGAAGAAGGGAGAUCUUUGGAUCUUUGGCCAUCUAAGAAAGGAAGACUGCAUCUGAAGAAGAGACAACGCAGGUUCCCUGACUACAUAUGGCGUGUACCUCUCCGGUUGACAGGCAUCUCGAUCAUUUCCAUCCUGGCUAAAAGUGUUGACAAAAUUGAAACAUCGUAAAGGAAAAGUCAGUGUUCAGACAAUAUAAAGGAGCUGAUUAGAUGUUUCAUGAGAAAGACUUGUUCACAUCAACCAUUGACACAGUGGGGCUAGGAGUGAACUAUGGACACCAUGCACAACUCAAGUCUGGCUUCUUUCCUUGCCAAAUAAAGAACAAGAGUAAUCUGUUCAGAGAGAGGCAAAAGCUUUCUAGGUAUCCGCUGUUAGGACUGCCAUCAAAGACAAAAGAUCAAACACCUUUUUACUACUAUAUUGAUUUGACAUCGACUUGUACUGCCAUACUUUCAUUAAUUAAAACUAAAAAGAGAUCACAGGAGAAUGCGACAUUUGAGGAAUUAUGCCGGACGAGGCGUCUACAUUUACUACAUGAUGUUAUUGGAAUUGACAAAUGGAGUGUUGGGCUCUUCCAGUCAGCUCGUCGGAGAAUUAGAUGAUAAAUCCCAGAACCAAGGGUUGCAGCACAAUCGGCUGAAGAGAAGCUGGGUAUGGAACCAGUUCUUUGUUCUGGAGGAAUACACAGGAACAGAACCUCUCUAUGUUGGAAAGCUUCAUUCAGAUAUGGAUGGAGGAGAUGGCUCAAUAAAGUACAUCCUUACUGGUGAUGGGGCAGGAACCAUGUUCACGAUCGAUGAUACAACAGGGGACAUCCAUGCUAUACAAAGACUAGAUAGAGAAGAACGAGCUCAGUAUACCCUUAGAGCCCAGGCUCUGAAUAGAAUGACUGACAGACCUAUGGAGCCAGAGUCUGAAUUUAUCAUUAAAAUCCAAGACAUAAAUGACAAUGAGCCCAAGUUCCUCGAUGGGCCCUACACAGCCUCCGUACCAGAGAUGUCACCAGUUGGUACCUCUAUUAUCCAGGUGUCAGCAACAGAUGCAGAUGAUCCUACUUAUGGAAGCAGUGCAAGGGUUGUGUACAGUAUUUUGCAAGGACAGCCAUAUUUUUCCGUGGACUCUAAAACAGGGAUUAUAAGGACAGCUUUAACAAACAUGGACCGAGAAGCCAGAGAGUAUUAUGAAGUGAUUAUCCAGGCCAAAGACAUGGGCGGGCAACUGGGGGGAUUAGCUGGAACCACCACUGUUAAUAUCACUCUCAGUGAUGUGAAUGACAAUCCACCCAGAUUUCCUCAAAAACACUACCAAAUGAAUGUUCUAGAAUCUUCUCCUGUAAACUCCACUGUUGGUAGAGUUCUGGCAAUGGACCUGGAUGAAGGAGUCAAUGCAGAAAUGAAAUACUCCAUUAUCGAUGGGGAUGGAUCUGAUAUGUUUGAUGUUUCAACAGACCCAACAUAUCAAGUUGGAGUUAUCACAGUUAAAAAGCCAUUGGAUUUUGAAAGCAAGAAAAGCUACACACUGAAAAUUGAAGGAUCAAACCCUCACAUUGAAGUGCGUUUUUUUAACCUUGGUCCAUUCCGUGACACCACAACCGUACACAUCAGUGUUGAAGAUGUGGAUGAGCCUCCGGUGUUUGAAUCUAGCCAUUAUUUUGUAGAAGUCUCCGAAAAUGUGGAUAUGGGUACAACAAUACAGAUUGUUUCUGCUAGAGAUCCAGAUGCAACUAAUAACUCAAUCAGGUAUUCCAUUGACAGGAACAGCGAUCCAGGAAGAUAUUUCUAUGUUGAUAUAACCACAGGAGCAUUGAUGACAGCAAGACCUCUAGACAGGGAAGAUGUGGCCUGGCAUAAUAUCACAAUCUUAGCUAUGGAGAUGAAUAAUCCUGCACAGGUUGGAAGUGUUCCUGUUACAAUCAAAAUCCUUGAUGUCAAUGACAACGCUCCAGUCUUCACAAAAAUUUUUGAGACAUUUAUGUGUGAAAACAUAAAGGCUGGGCAGCUGAUCCAGACCGUCAGUGCUAUAGAUCAGGAUGAUCCCCCAGAGGGACAACACAUAUACUACAGCCUGGCUCCUGAAGCUGCAAAUAAUCCAAAUUUCACAUUAAGGGAUAACCAAGAUAACACAGCCUGGAUCUUGGCACGGAAAUCUGGCUUCAAACAAAGUGACCAGAGUAUCUUUUACAUCCCAAUCUUAAUAGCGGACAAUGGGAGACCCAUGUUGAGCAGUACUGGUACUUUGACCAUACAAGUCUGCAGUUGUGAUGAAGAGGGGGAUAUCAUGUCUUGUAGUGCUGAACCAUACACCUUACCUAUAAGCCUAAGCAGGGGCGCACUCAUUGCUAUUCUUGCCUGCAUAUUUGUAUUAUUAGUACUUGUACUGCUCAUUUUAUCUAUGAGAAGACAUAGAAAACAGCCAUAUACUAUUGAUGAGGAGGACAAUGUUCAUGAAAACAUUGUUAGAUACGAUGAUGAAGGAGGGGGAGAGGAAGACACUGAAGCAUUUGAUAUUGCAACCCUGUGGAGUUCAAGGGAGGCACAUGUUGGAAAAAGUAGACAGGACAUGCAGCCAGAGAUUGAGAGCCUAUCCCGGUACGUGCCUCAGACGUGCAUCAUGGACAAUAAUGUACACAGCUACAUGUUGGCUAAGCUCUUUGAAGCGGAUACAGAUGUGUGCGCACCUCCAUUUGACUCUCUUCAAACAUAUAUGUUCGAGGGAGAGGGAUCAGUGGCUCAGUCUUUAAGCUCCUUACAGUCAUUCAGUACAGACUCCGAGCAGAGCUAUGACCACCUUAAUGACUGGGGUCCUCGCUUUAAAAAGCUGGCUGAAAUGUACGGUACCAAGGAUAGCAACACAUCAUUGUGAUAGCAAACCGAGAGGAUGCUGAGAUUUUAUGCAGGGCUCCAGGCCCCACCCUAUAUGGAUCCAUUUUCUUACGGAUUACAUUAAUAGCAAAGCAUAACAGGAAUCUCAAAUGGAUGGAUUUCAUAGACAUGGAGGGCGCAGUCGUAGGAAAUAAUCUUGUUUUGGAUCAGCUUUAUUUGGUCAACAUGUAUAAAGAAAACUUCACAGAAAAUAUUGAUGGUGUGAGAAAGACACAAUAUUUCUUGGAUUUAAAGGACUUUUAAGCCCAAGAAUAAUAUGAUAUAUAUAUUUUUAUACCAUGUGACAUCUUUACACCUUGUUUCAAAUAUACACAAUUGCAUUGAACUUUGCAAGGAAAAUAUCGUUUCAUAAUUUAUAAAUUCUCACUUCAAAAACUUUCAAAAAAGAUGUAAAAAAAAAACAAAACAAAAAAAACAUAACACUGUGUUUAGUACGUUUCUAUUACCAAUGUUUGGUCUUAUAUUUCAUUCUGGUGUCCGACUGAUACCUUUAAUAGACAGAGAUCAAGCAUAAUAAUACUAAUAUCUCCCUUUUAUAUGAACUGUAACUGUUUUAUUCCUGCUAUUUGGUGGCAUGUCUUGAGAAGGGCAGGCUUAAAUGUGAUUCCAUAAGACGUGACAGUGAUGUGUGCCAAAUGCCAACAUUAGAUGCUAAUAAUGGGAUUCAUAGACACUUUUAAGAUGUUCACCUUUUACUGAAGGUUUUAAGGGAUUUCCCAUUAUAUUUAUGUCAAUUUAUACCCACGAUUGUUUACAUUCAUGUGAUAGAUGAACGAUUGAAAUAUCUCCCAAAAAAAAUUAAGUUAAGUUUUGUACAUUUGUCAAUUUUGGUAAUAAAAUAAGAUGUACUGAAUGUGCAGUACUUUAGCACUUCUUUAAUAAAAAGUUCAAUCUGAA